AUGAGCGCCCCCUCCCCCCUCCCCCUCCGGGUCAUCAGCCAGCAAACAGGCGCCAACGGUGCAUCACAGACGGUUCGGCAUCAUGGCAGCGUGGAGGUCUGUAGCACCCCUGCAGCGGACAGCACUGUGGCUGUCCCACCUGGUGCCUCUCUACCUGAACCGUCACAGCAGCCUGACGCUGUCGGCCGCCUUGAAUCCGCUGUUGCUGUGACAUCCAGAGCCAGACCUGAUAUUGCUAGAUCUGCAGCGGCAUUCGCCAUCAGUGUCCGGGAACAGUGCCACUUGUCACAGAGAACUGUCAACAGCGUCAUCUCGGGGGUGCAACAGUACCAAGCUGCUCUCCUUGACACACUGAGGGAGAGAAUCAGAAGGGCGUCUUUGUGCACAUUCUGGAGACUUCUGCCGUCUCCGACCCCCCCCCCCUCUUUCCCCACGUCCCCCCUAGUGUCCUCUUGCUUUGGAGAGAACAGGACCCGCACGCCUAAUAAUCUGCCUCCCCAAAGCCCGAGCACGACUCUGGCCUUUUCAUCAGCCGCCAUUGUUUCAGUCUGUUACCUCCGCUUGUGCUCCCUCACCACGGCAACUACCCCCCCCCCUGUCCCAUCUGUGGAUAGGCCUGCCAUGUGUCCUCCAGGAAGGGGGCACCACUGUAUGGAGAAAGUACAUGAUCCUGCCCUUUCACUCCUCACAUACUUAGCGCUGACCCCGGAGCCAAAGGGCACAAUAGCCGGAGCGGCGGUGGCUGCAGGCGCUCCUCAUCGGUGGUGA